UACAUUUUCGCCGACAUAAAACUCCCCUCAUUGCUGUGAAUGUUAUGACUUGGUCAACUCCAUCAACGUCUAUAUAGAUCUAUUCCUGCAGAUCAAAUAGCAAAAUGGGCUCGACUGAACGCAACACAGUGAUUGACGACAAUGAGGAUGACCCCAUACAAGCCUCGUACGAUGUCUACAUCAAACCGCAAUGGGAAGACGGCCGCCAGCUCUACAUUCUCCAAUUCCCCAACCGCCCCUCCAGAGAAGACUACUCCUCGACAAACGCCUCGCUACCCAUCGAACUCCGCUUAAAGCCCAAAGCUGGCCUCGUUGAGCUCGACGUCCCACUCGACCCAUGGACAAACUACGACCGCACCAAGGGCGUGCAGUGGGGAGAGGCAAUGCGCAAAUCCAACGCUGCGAAAUCUAAUACCGGCACCGCGGGAGGACAGGGCGGAAGCCACGGUCUAGCUGGUGGCUUCGGUAUCGGUGGUGUGGCACCCGGCCCAGGACGAGGGAGGCAAGUCCAAGAAGACACACUAGCAGUCCAACAAGAGAUCCUCGAUGACUUCUCGGGGGGCAUAACGCGUCAACGGGUCCUGACGAAACAGACGCUGGGAGGACAGGUGGUGCCGAAGGAGAGCGCGAGCCCGAACUACUUUAUUGGAGCUUUCAGGAAGGGCCAAUUGCAUUUGAGUCCCGUCAAUGAGAUCGUGCAGAUGCGCCCGCAGUUCCACCACAUCGACGCGACGGCCGAGCUGGACAGGUUGGCGCGCCCGAGGGCGGAGGCGGGGCCGGCGGGUGCGGGCGCAAGGGCAAUUCAUAUGACUGUUAAGACUACAGGAGAGGGGGAGGAGGAUGGGCAGGAUAGCAUGGCGGAGCGAAUCAAGAAUGCACAGGAGGAGAAGUGGCAGAAGAUGCGGUAUAUUGAUGAUAAUAGCGACGCGGCGUGGGAGAUGUUCGAGGAGCUGUUCGCGCAGGAUACAGAGAACUUGCCCAAGCUGGAGUCGGGGAUAGAUGACGCGACGUAUUUGGAUACUAUCAGUGCACCGCGGGAUGAGGCAAGGUUGAGUAGAGCGAAGCUGGUUGAAAAUGAGUAGGGG